UGUGCCUGCUGUAAGGCAGAAUAAAAACUCUUCCUUCUUCCCUAUAGUUUCUUGUCAAUACAAUUGAAGGAAACCAAAAAAAAAAAAAAGGGCAAAUAAAUCCCAAUUGGAAGGAAGCCAUGGAAAGCGGUGUGGUGCUGCUUGAAAAUGGAAACAAGACUACUGAAGCACCAAGUAAUGUCACCAUAAAAGCGACACUUAGCUUGCUGAUGGCCAACUUAAAUGUUGAGAAAAACAAGAAGAAACUGAUAUCUUUAGGGAUUGGUGACCCGACUGUUUAUUCUUGCUUCAGUACCAAUCUUGCCGCUCAAGAAGCCGUGGCGGAUUCCGUUCUCUCCGGCAAAUUCAACGGCUACAAUCCCACCGGUGGGCUUCCUGAAACAAGAAAGGCGAUUGCGGAAUAUUUGUCUGCUGAUCUUCCGUACAAACUGUCACCUGAUGAUGUUUUUGUAGCAUCUGGAUGUACCCAAGCUAUCGAUAUGGUGAUAUCCGUCUUGGCUCGCCCUGGAGCUAAUGUGCUGUUACCUAGACCUGGUUUCCCGAGUUAUGGAAUCUGUUCCAGUUUCAGAAACAUUGAGGCUCGUUAUUACGAUCUCCUGCCUGAUAAAGGCUGGGAGGUUAAUCUCGAAUCUGUCGAAACUCUUGCAGAUCAGAAUACCGUCGCAGUGGUUGUUAUCAACCCUGGAAACCCUUGUGGAAACGUUUACAGACGCCGGCAUUUGGAGGAGAUUGCGGAAACUGUUGGAAGGCUUCGAAUCCCGGUCAUCGCUGAUGAAGUUUAUGGGCAUUUGGCUUUUGGUGAUACUCCGUUUGUUCCAAUGGGUGUAUUUGGAUCCAAAGUACAGGUUCUUACUUUGGGUUCUUUGUCGAAAAGAUGGUUAGUUCCUGGAUGGCGCCUCGGGUGGCUGGUUAUGAACGAUCCGUCGGGAGAAUUCAGAAACCCCAAGCUCAUCGAGCGUGUCAAGAAGUAUUGUGAUGUUUCUGGAGGUCCAGCAUCUUUCCUCCAGGCGGCUGUUCCUGAAAUUAUUCGGCAAACCAAUACGGAUUUCUUCGCCAACACCAUUAAAAUCCUGAGGCAGACUUCAAACCUGUGUUAUGAAAAGCUAGAGGAAAUCCCUUCCAUUAGUUACUCCUCUAAAGCUGAAGGGUCUAUGGCCUUAAUGGUAAAGCUUAAUCUAUCAGUUUUGGUAGACAUUGGCGACGACAUGGAGUUUUGUCUUCAGCUGGCUAAAGAAGAGUCUCUCAUCAUUCUUCCAGGAAUUGUGGUGGGGCUUAAGAAUUGGAUUAGAGUGACUUUUGCUGCAGAUCCUGCAUCCAUUGAAGAAGCACUCGGAAGGUUGAAGGCUUUUUGUCAGAGACAUUCCAAGCAAUCCUCUUAAAAAAUGUAUCCAACAAAAUUUCAACGCGUGAAAAAUGGAAUGACUGCACUAUUUAUUUUCUUUUUAAUUUCAGCAUGUUGAAUUAUCAAACAUAUGUGCAAU